CGACCGAGCGCUUAGCCAGGCCAAGACUUCGCCAUGCAGGAAGCGCCAGCAGCACUGCCCACAGAACCGGUCCCCAGCCCCGUGCCUGCCUUCCUCAGCAAGCUAUGGGCCCUGGUGGGCGACCCUAGCACCGACCACCUGAUCCGCUGGAGCCCGAGCGGGACCAGUUUCCUUGUAAGCGACCAGAGCGGCUUUGCCAAGGAAGUGCUGCCCAAGUACUUCAAGCACAGCAACAUGGCUAGCUUUGUCCGACAACUCAAUAUGUAUGGUUUUCGGAAGGUGGUGAGCAUCGAGCAGGGAGGCCUGCUCAGACCCGAGCGAGACCACGUCGAGUUCCAGCACCCGAGCUUUGUGCAAGGCUGUGAGCAACUACUGGAACGCGUGCGACGCAAGGUGCCUGCGCUGCACAGGGAUGACAGCCGCUGGCGCCCGGAGGACCUGAGCCGGCUGCUGGGCGAUGUGCAAGCUUUGCGGGGAGUGCAGGAGAGCACUGAGGCUCGGCUGCGGGAGCUCAGGCAGCAAAAUGAGACCUUAUGGAGGGAGGUGGUGACACUGCGGCAGAGCCAUGGUCAGCAGCAUCGAGUUAUUGGCAAGCUGAUCCAGUGUCUCUUUGGGCCACUUCAGACUGGGUCCAGCAGUGUAGGAGCUAAGAGAAAGCUGUCCUUGAUGCUGGAUGAGGGGAGCUCAUGCCCAACACUAACCAAAUUCAAUGCAUGCCCCCUACCUGGUGCCCUCCUGCAGGACCCCUACUUUAUCCAGUCGCCUCUCCCAGAGACCACCUUGGGUCUCAGCAAUCCUUAUAGGGCCAGGGGCCCCAUCAUCUCUGACAUCCCAGAAGACUCUCCAUCCCCUGAAGGGACCAGGCUUUCUCCCUCCAGGAGGGAGAAGGGCACGGCAUUGCUCAAAGAAGAGCCGGCCAGCCCAGCAGGGGACAGCCAGGCCAGGCUGGCCCUGGCUCCAAAUGAGUGUGAAUUCUGCGAGACAGCCCCCCCCCCACUGCCUGUGUCUGUGGUGCAGGCCAUCCUGGAAGGAAAAGGGAGCUUCAGCCCUGAAGGGCCCAGGAGUGCUCAACAGCCUGAAACAAGGGGUCUCAGGGAGGUACCUGACAGGGAGCCUCUGGGCCUGGAGAGUAGAGGCCAGAGUCCAGAGAGUCUGCUGCCUCCAGUGCUACUUCAGCCCCCCCCUGAAAGUGUGGAUAUGAGUGUACCUUCAGCAGUGCAUGGGGCUGUGCAGCCUGGGAAGGGCACCAUUGACCUGGAGCUCCCCCAGAUGCUGGGACCCAGCCUCCAAGGGCAGGAGUGGACCCUGAUGGACUUGGACAUGGAGCUGUCUCUGAUGCAGCCUUUGGUUCCAGAGAAGGGUGAGACUGAGCUGGUGGUCAAGGGGUUAAAUUCUCCAGGCCCAGGGAAGGACUCCAAUCUUGGGGCACCACUUCUGCUGGACGUCCAAGCGGCUUUGGGAGGCCCAGUUCUCAGCCUGCCUGGAGCUUUAACCAUUUACAGUACCCCUGAGAGCCGGGCCUCCUAUCUGGGUCCUGGGGCUGAUCCCUUCCCCUGAGAUUCUCCAGUCUGAAGCCAGCUCAACUUCCUGUCGCCCCCUGGCGGAGGCUGA